CUCUGCGUAUCACUGCGUAUCAUUGCGUAUCACUUGCGAACGGCAUGGCGAUUUGUGUAACACGAGAACGACAAACUCCACUUCUGUUUCGGCUGAAUAAAAUUGCUUCGGACGUUCAAAGUUCUCGUGAUAAUGUCUUUACUUCCGUAUUUAGUAAUCGGUGUAUUAAUAUG